CUUAAAUGUCCGCGGAAUAUAAUUUUGGCGCAUUUUGCGUUCGCAACGUGGCAACGAUAUCAACCCAAAUAGAACCUCCAAAAACAGGGCCGGUUUCAAAACGACGAAAGACAGAAAAUUUUUCUCCUUCCGUAAGACUCCAAAAGAACGGAUUUUGGGUACAGGAACCACGACCUGGCUCACAAACUAGUGGCUCCAUCGAACAAAAAUAGGGAAUCAAAUCUUACACCCCCCGUGGAAGCUUCUGAAUAUUGUACAGUUCCCAUUUUGUGCUGUUCCCUGAUAAAAACCACCCUGGGCUGUUUCUUUUCUUUUUCCUGACGACACACAUUUAUCCUUUCCUUUCCCACCAGCUCGCGACAAAAUGUCAAAUCUUUUUGGCUCAUCCCCCGGUGGCGACCACAAGGGGAAAAGAGACCACGGCGGUAAGGCCAAAGAUGGGUUGAAAACAAGCCGUAUCAAAUGUAAAAAUGUCUGGGUCUGGAAGAUUCUGAGAUUUGUCAUGCAUGUUUUGCAUGACCCAGGAUGUCUGUAAUGCACGACCGCGCAUCACAGAUUUUGUGCGGGCUUCCUGAUGCCUACUCCGCAUGACAAAUGCCCUCCCCGCGUAGCACAAAUUAGACUCCUCUUGCUGGUCAUGCAAUACAGAUUUUUCUAGAGUCCAAAGUUAGCAUCACAAGUUCCAAUCUUCCAGACCCAGACAUUUUUACAUUUGAUAAGCCGGGGGACCAAGCCGAGCUCCGGUGCCGCCGCCGGCACGACCGGGAGAAGUGGAGCUGUGGGGGUAUAGAAUUCGAUCUCUUUUUAAUAUGCUGUUUGGGAUUUUUUGACCGUUUUCUUGACCUUUGUCGGGGGUUUGUGCAAUCACAUGCUGUCGUUUUCGCAAUACAAAUCACAAAAUCCUUCUUUUCAGGCAAAGGGCCGGGGAAAGGACGCGGGGGUUAGAAAGGAAAAUGACAAGAAGAAGCAGGAAAAUAAGGUGGAUAUGACCUGCUGGGAAUACAAGAAAUCAGGUAUAGGGAAGAGAUUUUUGUCAUGUGUAUUUCCCAUCAUGGUACCAACGAGAUAGAAGAAAUAUGUGAUGCAGUGGAUUCAAGCCAGCAUCAAGCAUCUUUCUACUUGUACGCACAAACCAAUACAACUGGCUUCACUUUAUACACUCACAGGUGUCUGCCCCCGUGGGGGUCCGCCCAAGUGCAAAUGGGACCACAACGUGCCUUUGGAUUUGAGUCUUUCCCCCCGCAAUACCUCCAGCAACGACAGUAACGGGAUGAAUAAAAACGAGGUGGGAGGUGGUGCUGCUCCCCCCGCAAAAAGACAGUAUCCCGUGUAAAAACGUCCCCACCCCAGAGUCAAGAUGGGGAUUUUGCAACACAAACCUAAAACUUUUGGGGGUCACGCAUGACAAGUUGCGGGCUGUACUGUAGUGCAGCUUAGCAAGGGAAUUCGCAUAGCAAAUCCGUCUCGUUAUCCUGUUUACAGCAUUACAAGUUUCAAAACACGAUGGGGGGUGCCUCUCAUGGGGAUGCGCAUUACAAAUGCUCUUGUGCUUGCAAAUCUGCAUGACAACUCUGGGGUGGGGACGUUUUUGCGUAGGAUAGACAGAAGGCCGACGUGAUUCGCCCCCCACCGGCCGUGAUGAGGUAUGGAUUGCAAAAAUGUCUGGGUCUGGAAGAAUGCAACUUGUCAUGCUGUCUUUGGAUUCCAAAAAAGUCUGUAUUGCGUGACCAACAACAGGAAUCCAGUUUGUGUUACGCGGAGAAGGCAUUUCUCAUGCGGUAGACGUAUCGCAAAUCCCUCUAGAAGAAAUAUCCGAUGCUAUGGCAUGCAUCACAGACAUCAUGGCUCAUGGAAGAUGUGCAUCACAAAUCCCGGAAUCUUCCAGACCCAGACCUAUUUGCAUUUGAUAUGAGGUCAGGGGAGAGGACAAUCCGAGCGCCACCGGGAAAGAACAAGGCGGGUGGUGCCGGAGGCGGUGCUAACACCCCGAACGGGCCAGCACUAGUGCCCUUGAACGUGAACAAAAAUCUCCCCCCGGGGUUUCCCCCAUCAAGUGGAAUGACGACGACAACAAACAGUGGAAAAAAUAAUAGCAAUGAAAAAGGAAAAGGAAAGAAAAUCAAGCCAGUAGGGAACAACGCAAACAACCCCUUCGCGAACAGUACAGCCGAUCAUGACCUUUUUGGUUCUACCACUGUGAGAAAAGAUAACGACAAACAAAAAACAACUUCCACAGGAGGCGGUAGAACACUCGCUCAGGUGAACAGUGUUAAUGCAGGCAAAGGUGCGGCGGGGAAAACACUAGCGCAGAUCAAUGCGAGUGCUGUGGCCCCCGCUGCUGGUCGUGUGACAACAAAGGGAGCGCCUUCUCUUGAUGGGAAGAACACUACUUCGAAAGGUGCCCCCCCAAAGACUCUCGCACAAAUCAACGCCGACGCAGCCGCUGCCACAGCAGUGCCACCAGCUCCACUUGGCGGUGCAACUACUUCUAAGGGAGGUCACAAAACUCUGGCACAGAUCAAUGCUGCUGCGGUUACUGGGGCGCCGGUCAACAGCUCCGGGACGGUAGGCGUCUCCAAGGGAAAUAGUAAUUCCAAGGGCGGUCCAGGUCCAUCUUAUGAUCUGUUGUCCAAUUUCAAAGGUAAAUUCAACUCCGUACAGCAGUUCGCACCCCCAGUUGCUCCUGCAAUGACGUACCAACCGCCAAUACAGCACAAGGGUUUGCAGCAACUUACGCCGAAUCUGGUGCAUGGUGCAACAACUUCUACGGUCAUGGGUGAGCAGUUUCAACAUAAGGGCGCAGGUGUAAACUUUGGCAAGGGAAGUAAAGGACAAGACUUGCUGAACUCCUUCAAGGGGAAGUUCGGGAAAUCAAAUUCCGACGGCAAAGGAGCUGGAAAACAACAGGACGGCAAGCUUGGAGCUGGAUCCAAGUGGGGUUACGGGCGGACGUGGGAGAAAAGACCAUUACUCGGCCCAGACGGCGAGCCGGCGGACGAUCCGACGUGCUGGGAUUUUGUGCGCGGCGGAUGCAGACGAGGUAUUGAUUUAAUAUUCCUCUUCUUGCAUGGUUCGUCACAAGAAAUAGAACAGAAACUAUGUGGGAAAAUUAUUUUUGUCUAUGUUUUUCUCGCUGCAAGGAAGGUUGUCACAAGUUCUGAUUAUCUCUUGUUCAAAAAUUACAACAGGCGACAAGUGCAAAUGGCUGCACGAGGUGCCGGCGGAUUGCUGAGAAGCUUCGCUACAGCAGCGCGCUUUUUCGGUACGGCCACGACGGGAAAAGUGCUAACGUCACCAAACAUUUUCACGGAUUUCCCACUAGAGGCAUAUUUCGCUUUUCAUUCUGAGAAUACACCGAAUUGUGAUAUCGAUUCAAAAAGUAGAUUUUUCCAUACCGACGACAAGUUGUACUAAAACUCAUUUUUAUAAUUUUCACCUCGAUCUUCGCAAGAGAACAAUUAUCGAAGAAACAGCAACUCUGUAAUAUGAGGAGCCAGUACCUUAGUAUCGUUUUCCUGUUCACCGUUAUUUUCAACUACAGGUCGCUUCUCCGUCAGGAGCUCCUUCUACUUCGGACUUCGCAGAAUUCUUUUUCGUCUCUGUUUUGUCUGUAGCACCGAGAGUAGAAAUGAGCGCAAUACAACUCCCCAAAUGGACGCAAACUGGCCAGCCGUAGUUUUGAGUGCUACGUACUAG